GAAGAUGAACAGAAGCAAGUCGACGAGAAAACCACGUCGUCCGGCGAGCUCCGUGAGCUCUGGUCGAUGGCGGCGCCAAUCACCGCCAUGAACCUCGUCGUUUACCUUCGCGCCAUGAUCUCCGUUGUCUUCCUCGGUCACCUCGGCCCUCUAGAGCUCGCCGGCGGCGCUCUUGCCAUCGGCUUCACCAACAUCACCGGCUACUCAGUCCUCUUCGGCCUUGCUUCCGGCCUCGAACCCUUCUGCUCCCAAGCUUUCGGUUCUCGAAACUUCGACCUUAUCUCCCUCUCCUUCCAACGCACCAUCCUCCUUCUCCUCGCCGCUGCCGGCCCUAUCGCUCUUCUCUGGCUCCAUCUCGGCCCUAUCCUUGUCUCUCUCGGCCAAAACCCAGCCAUCACCGCCGCCGCCGCCGACUACGCUCUCUACGCCCUACCUGACCUCUUAACCAACACCGUCCUCCAACCCCUCCGCGUCUUCCUCCGUUCCCAAGGCAUAACCCGUCCGAUGGCCGCCUGCUCCGCCGCAGCCGUCGCUUUCCACAUCCCUCUCAACCUCCUCUUCGUCUCCGUCCUCCACCUCGGCGUCCCCGGCGUCGCCCUCGCCGGAGCUCUCACUAAUCUCAACAUGGUCCUUUUCCUCAUCUCCUACCUUCGCUUCUCCGGCGCUUGUGGCUUAACAUGGAGAGGCUGGUCAAGCGCCGCCUUCACCGGCGUAACGCCGUUGCUCCGCCUUGCCGUCCCGAGUUGCUUCGGUGUUUGCUUGGAGUGGUGGUGGUAUGAGAUCAUGACAGUGCUCGCCGGAUACUUACCAAACCCUACUUCAGCCGUCGGCGCCACCGCCAUACUUAUCCAAACUACCAGCUUCAUGUACACCGUCCCCAUGGCUCUCGCUGCAUGUGUCUCCACAAGAGUAGGGAAUGAGCUUGGAGCAGGGAGACCGAAAAAGGCGAAAAUCGCAGCACUAGUAGCAUUAGCAUGCGCGGUUGCAAUCGGCUUUUUGAAUGUAGGAUGGACGACAAUAUACAGAGAGAAGUGGGCGAAAUUGUUUAGCAAAGACAAAGAGGUGGUGAGCUUGGCAGCACAGGUAUUGCCAUUGGUAGGGUUGUGUGAGGUUGGCAAUUGUCCGCAGACGACCGGUUGUGGCGUUCUUCGGGGAACGGCGAGACCGGCAAUCGGAGCAAGGAUUAACUUGUUAUCAUUUUACCUCGUCGGAACGCCGAUUGCUGUGGGGCUUGCAUUUUGGUUGGAGCUUGGUUUUGAUGGGUUGUGGUAUGGUUUGCUUAUGGCUCAAGCUGUGUGUGUUGUGUUUGUGAUGGUUGUUGUGAUGGUGAGGACUGAUUGGGAGGUUGAAGCAGAGAGAGCCAAGAAGCUGACUAGCAGUAAUAAUAAUAACAAUAACAAUUGUAAUAUUGAAGUGGGUGUGAUUUGUGAUGAAGACAUUGAAGAGAAGAGGGUUUUGUUGAAUAAUGAUGGUGAGGAAGUGAUGAGAAAUGGAGAUUGUUAGUUAGGGAAGGAGACAUAGUGAUUGAAGAGUGGACACUUGAUUUUUAGCAGUUGAGAGAAAGAGAUUGAGAUUGAGAUUGAGAUGAGAUGCUUUCUCUUUCAUGGUCUUUGGAUGGAGGUGGUGGACUGGUGUAAGCUGGGGUAUAUCUCUGUUGUCAUUGUUCUUUGCUUUUUGGGCUUGAGAGGGUGACAAGCACAAAGGUGGUUUAUAGGGUUUUAUACAACAACAUAUCAAAUCUGUGGGGUGGAAAUCAUACUGCCUCCUCUCCCUCUUUUUUUAUAUAUAUAUAUAUAUAUUAUAAUUAUAUUAUAUUUCCUUGUUAUUUUGCUUGUGUUGUAAUAGUGUAGACCC